AUGCUUACGGUUUUAUUAGACUGCUGGUAUCGCCUCUGUCAUCCACUGGUUCGAGUUAGCCCACCAGAGGCAGCCGAGACAGUGAGCAGAGUCAAGGAGAUACAUGACAAGACGAUCAAUCUUAAGCGGUGGGAGCGAGUUCCCUUUCCAAGCCCGCUAGAUCAUUACUUCGAUUUUGUCUAUACCAUCGAUCAGGAUGCUGGCACCUUCAUUAUUUCAAAGUGGACGGAUGAUGGCAUACGAACGCCCCUAGCAUACGAAGCCAGGCUUGCCGAUAUAUGCGACAACUCUAGUAUUUCCAUCGAGUCCUUGCGAGAAUCGCCUCUCCCCUCAAUUCUUGAUUCUGGAAAAGACCGGGACCCGGGAUUUGACUCGGUCAGCUUGAAACCAUUAAACAUCCAGACUAGUCUGCCUACGGCCAUGUUGGAGCUUCAACAACAGUUCUUCUUGGAUUUUGUCUAUCUAUGGCGCACCUGGAUUGAUGACCCUAUCACCUGGCAUUAUGGAAGCCGUGUAUUCAAAGCAUUUAGCAGAGCUAUCCUAUGUCUCGCUUCAUGGGAUUUUGAAGUGUCUUACAAUUGCGACGUACCAUUGCCUGUCAAUCAUAGCUCGAUUCCUCGCUGGCAGUUUCCCGAAGAAGAAUCGUAUUGGUUUCAUGAAUUUCUCAUUAUGCUGCAACCAGAUCUUGAGUCGCGUCAAAUGCUUCUAACGGCCAUCGCUGGAGCCAAAGCGCUCAUUCGCAGUUCGAGUCGCACAACCCACAAAGCUCGGUCCAUCCUUAUCUCACCGCGCCAUAUCGCCUUCGUUGAAAUCUUCGAGGACACCGUUGCGUGUAGCAAAGUUCUCCCGCUACUGGCUGAUUCCUCGGCAUCAAAGUGCUCCCCGGGCUUCCGAGUAUUAGCUCAGGCUCUAUCUACUGACUGCUGGAAAGAGACCUGGGCUCACCGAGAGAAGUGGCCUUAUCAUAUACCACCGGAGAUCUUAUCAGAGAUUCUCCACAGCUCGGAGCCCAGAGAUGCAGUGUCUUUUGCACAAGCCUCCUUCGAAGCUGAACGCUCGUACUACGCUUCAGUGCCCCAGUUCAAGCAUGUUUCUGUGCAUAGCCUGUACCUUUCUAUACCCUGUUGCGGCGAUCGAACUGGAUUAGAGGAUUUGGGCGUAUACUGUAGCAAAUGUCGUAUAUGGCAGCAUCAAAAGUGUAUUGGGCUAGAAACCCUGCCAUCUGAAAAUUCAUUUACAUGUGCCACCUGUCUUAAGGAGGACCAGAAAAAGACACAACUCACACCCGGCGGUAUUAACAGGCUGGAUGGGCGGCUUGGAAGAAAAGCUCGCGCUAUCACAAUCGAUGGAUCCAUGAAGGACCUUCGAGUGCGGCUCUCCAAACCUGCGCACCUUCGACUGGAGCUACGAAAUAUUGGGGAUCUAAUCCAUAGAUUCCCGAAAGGCUUGGUUGAUUUUACUAUUCGGUUCAAUGGGGACUUUACAGGAUUAGCAUAUGGCCUGGAUGAUAUAGAAGUUGAAAGCAACUGCCGAUAUUGA